CUCACCGACUCAGCCUCUUGUUCCCUCGCUCGUUGUUCUGUCCAGCAGUAUAAACUGAUUGGCAUCAUUUUCUCUUUUUUUUCCCCUUGUAGCUUAAAUACAUAUCAUAAACACCUCAUAUAGACGAUAGACAUGGCCUGGUAUAAUCAGACCAUCGAGGUCCUCUCCGAUUCGUUGGCCACCACCCGAACCCAGCUUCCCCUGCUGGCCGUGACCGGGGCCUCCUUCACUCUGGGCAUCUUAUUCCGCUCACUGCUUUCGGACCCACAGCUGAAGACUACUGUGCUUGACUCCCCGCGCAAAAAUGUCCUGUCCGUGUCCGAGGCAGUGAACCGCGAGCUUCCUCUGCCUACGGACGUACUUCCGGGAGCCCGGGACGUGUCGACGCCGUAUGGAUCUAUGCGCGUAUACGAAUGGGGUCCGGAGGAUGGGCCCAAGAUCCUCCUAGUUCAUGGGAUCACAACCCCCUGUAUCGCCCUGGGAGGAUUGGCCCAUGCCUUGGCUGACCGGGGCUGCCGAGUCAUGCUGUUCGACCUAUUUGGCAGAGGGUACUCUGACUGUCCAUCCGACAUUCCCCAGGACAACAGACUGUUUGCAACUCAGAUCCUGCUCGCCUUGAACUCGUCUGCGCUUUCAUGGACUGGAGCCAGCUCAGGUCGAUUCUGCCUCGUGGGUUACUCGCUAGGUGGUGGUAUAGCUGCUUCGUUUGCAUCAUACUUCCCUCAGUUACUUUCUUCCCUGGUGCUGCUUGCACCCGCAGGCUUGAUCCGUGACUCCCAGAUCAGUUUUCAGUCCCGGCUUCUCUAUUCCCGCGGUCUUGUUCCGGAACGUGUGCUUGGUUUCCUGGUUGGUCGCCGUCUCCGCGCCGGUCCACUGACUACUCCGAAACCCAAGGCGAAGAAGCUCAAUGCAGAGGAUGCGCUCGCCGAGGAGCUGCCUACACAGGGUGCGGCAGAAGUUCAACGAUUGUCUCGGACAUACCCUCAUGUCAAUGUCCCCAAUGCUGUCCAAUGGCAAGUGGGUGAGCAUGCUGGCUUCGUGCAUGCCUUCAUGUCCAGUAUGCGGCAUGGACCAAUCCUGCAGCAGCGGCAGCGGGAAACUUGGGAACGUCUGGGACACUACCUAUCCGCGCAGAAGGAACUUCCGCUCGAUGAACAGCGUGCGAACGGCCUUCCAGGUGACAAAGUCCUUAUCAUGUGUGGAAACAACGAUGCGGUCAUCAUCAAAGACGAGGUUGUCCCUGAUGCCACAUCGGCACUUCAAGGACAUGCAAGCUUCCAAUUUUUUGAAGCGGGUCACGAGUUCCCAAGUACCAAAUAUGAGGAAGUGGCGGAAUACAUAAUGGAAUUCGGGCCUUGAUGGACGCUGACAGACAUUUCAUAUUAUUUAUUUGCUUAUCUGAUCUCGCGAACCCCUCCAUGACAUUCGUUGGAACUGUUUUGGCUGUGAUGUCUUACAAAUUAUAUAUGACUGGAGCGGUAUUUUGUUUAGGGAUUCUUGCUUUCAUCUGGUCGAUGCUUUCCAUUUCUUUAAAUGGCUCUGUGGGCUCACCUUAUUACUUCAUAGAUGGUUUUAGAGCUUCUCAGUUAUAUUUUGCAUCUAGCACUCGGAUCUUCAAGGUUGGCAAGCAUGCCGAGAUUGAGGACGAAAUCCAGCAAACAAAGAAUCUAUCCACCAAUGUCUUUAAG